UUCAUCAGGGGAUUAAAUGCAAAGCCUUCACGCUCUUCACACCAGCAGCUCACCCACUGACCGACUGGCGAUCUGGAAGGCUCUGGAUAUUUCUGUGAAAAGCCGCACUGAAUAUAAAGGCUUGGACAAACUGAUUUUUGUCAAUUGGAACGUUUUAGGAUUAGUCUGAAUCGGGAAACAAAAAAAGACAAGAUUCAAGUCAGCUAGAAGUUUUACCAGAACGUUUCUGAGAGAAGCAAAGAAUUUUUCAUGAUUUCUCAUUUUGAGUGUGACUGGAAGUGCCACCAUACUCUAAGAAUUAGCGCAACACAUUCUGCAAGGUCUUUUUUUUAGCAGCAAGGAAAAACAAGACAAAACAAUUACUGAGUUGUGGCAAACGUUCUUUUUGGUAUCCCGUCACCAUGAGCAGCUGUGGGACCACCGCAGUUUCCCCACAGGAACCGCAGGCUUUCAAACGGGCCGUGCGGAAGAUAAAGUGCGCUGCUAUGGUGGCCAACUUGGCCAAGAGCUGGCAGGGCUGGGCCAACGAACAGCAGGAAAAACAGGACAACAUCCCCAGUGGCUGGAUGCCUUCAUCUGUUGAAGAGGAACACAAAAAAGAGCGCAACCAUGUGGUCAAACUUACCGUCACCCCGCGUGUAAUCGUGGCUGAUGCCGGUGACAAAAACGCGAGUAAAAUUCGGGCCUGUUCUGUGACUAAGACCGUCCAGCCAAAACGCAGCGAGUGCAGCAGCAUCGACUUGGUCAACGCCAUCCGAGACAAAAUGGAGUCUGGUCCAGAGGAGAGCAAGCGGUUCCUGGGCAAUGAAUCGCCAACACGGCGGCGCCAGAUAAGGGCACUACAAAGUGGAGGAGGAGGGGGUGUCAUCCAAGACAGGAAGCUGAUGCUCCAGGAGAAGAAGCUGGGGUCCAGGAGCAGCAGUGUUGACACAGAGGACAGCGGGCUGGGGGAGGAGGCCGGGCUCAGUGACAACGGCGAACCAAAAUCUGAGCAGGGUGACAUCCAGCCCAAGAAACCGACCGACAGGUCAAAGAUUAAGAUUGUCACUACGAACGACAUCAAAAACCGGUGGCAGCAGUGGUCUGAGCAGCACAUUGAAGGCCAGAAGCUCAAUCCCUUCAGCGAGGAGUUUGACUACGAUUAUGCCAUGGCCCAGCGUCUCCGCAAGGGCGAGUCCGGCUACGGUCGACCCAAAGAGGGCUCCAAGACGGCGGAGAGGGGCGACAGGGCCCAGAAACACAUCCACAGGGAGAUGGAGGAGAUGGUGUGGAUCAUCAAAGAAAUGGGCUUUCAGGACAAACAGGGAAGGACCAUUGUUACCUUCGGCCGACUCUUUGACCGCUACGUGAAGAUCUCAGAUAAGGUGGUGGGCAUCCUGCUGCGCUGCCGCAAACACAAGAUGCUGGACUUUGAAGGAGAGAUGCUGUGGAAAGGACAGGACGAUCACGUCAUCAUCACACUGAUGGACUGAGGACAGAAGUGACGCCUUAUGAACCUCCUUACAGAUGAAAAACAUGCCAUGCAUCAGCUCGUCCACAGCAACACAAUGCUGUCUGUGCUAACAACACUGCUACUCCAAGAAUGAUGGAGGAACAUCUGGAAGAGGCAGAAAAACGAUACACAGUGCUGGACAGAUUUAUCAGUAGACACACUGAUGAAAUCAAACCAGACCCAUUUCUGGUUGGACUUACAUGAAUUAUUUAAAGGCAUGUGAGUGUCCACGUGGAGGCUCUCACAGCACACUCAUUAGUUCUCCUCAUAUACCUGACAGGUCAUCCUGUGAAGGGAAAGCUAUCUUUAGCAUGCUAACCAUGCUCGCCUUGCUAACUAUGCUACAUACUGGAAGGCUUGAGAAUCCGCCUCAAUGCCAGUCAUGCUAGACAGCUUUACUCAGCCUGUGGCGGAAGAAACUUCAGUUUCAUUUCAUCUCGUAAUUCACAGGAAGACCUGACCGAGUCUCAGUUUUGGCUUCUAAGCAUUGACAGGGCGCCAUGACUUUUUGGUGUUUUGGAUAGAUUUAAUGGUAACAGGACUAAAAGACAAGAAUCAGACAGUGAUGUGACCAACUUUUCUCUCUCUUUUGAUUGUUUCUUUGUGAAGAAUAUGAAAGAAACGAAGAAUAAAAGCUCACUUAUCAUCUGAGUUUUACUAUAGUUACUGUAGGUUUGUUCUGUGUGGGAUUUAAAUGUACAUUUACCAAAUUAAAAAACAUUGAUAUUGGAAGAGAAAAACCCACAUGUGCACAAUUUGAAUUAAAAGCAGAUGAACUAUUACACAGGGUUUUGGUUCUUAACAAAAAGCAGUACCAUUUAUGUUUUCUGGACCACACUAACCAUCUGUGAACUGUGAACUGCUGAGUCCUUUUAAGACGUUCAAAAUAGAAAUGCUUGUGUGAUCACAUACUCCAAAAUGUACUUAAAUGAUGCAGAAUUUUAGGUGCAACUGUGCUUAAAUAUUUCCAAUUCAUGCAUUGCUUCUACUGCAUUAGAUUUCAAAAGGAAAUAUUUAUUUUACUGUAUUUAUUUGACAGUUACUUUCAUUUUACAUAAAAGAUUAAUACAAAGAUGCUGCAUUACUGUGGCUUAAAGGCCAAGUAUACAGACAAACACGUUUUCAGGUAUGUGACUGCUCAGACUUUUUUGAGUUUGGAAGUCUAGAGCUGCUCACAGCAGCUGUGCUGGGAUUUACGUGACCUACAACUCAACCAAACUAACUCUGAAACAGGCUGGUCUGUGCAAUGUGUGCCUUUUGCUUUGCUGGUAAUACUUGAGUACUUAUACACAAGUUGAUAUUUAAUACAGGUCUUUUAUUUUGGAAUUGUGGUACUUGUGAUGUGUACUUCCUCCACCACUGACAUGCUGUCUGUAAAGCAACUCGCAAAUUAUGUAAAACUUGAGUUUAGUAAUAGAAAUCUUAGCUGUUAAUUUGUAUUUUUAAAUGUGUAACAGGUGACAGGUUUGACAGUGAUGAUUGUAUAGUGAAAUGUAUUUCACCUCUUUGUAACAUUUUGGACAUUCAUUGUUGAAAUAAUAAAUAAAAAAAUAAUGUAAAUUAAACUUA